CAUUUUUGUGCUGAAAAAAAAUUUUUUUAAUAAAAAAGUGUUAAGUGAAAAAUAUAUAAUUAAAUUAAAAAUGCAUUUAGCAGUUCAGGCCAGUAUAGGUCUUUUGUUGCUCGCAGUUGCAGCGACGAAAGCCGACGUUUCGCAUCUCAAAUACGAUCAUGUCGCACAACCUAGUCAACAUCAAGCGAGUUUCUCGGCAUCCGCAAACACAGUAGGACACAACGGAGCACGAGGAUUCCAUCAAUCGAGCGCUUCGUACAGCGGGCACAACAACGGGCAACACUUUGGCGGUUCAGUUGUCAACAAUAACGGACAAGUUUCGCAUCAUGCGCAUCACGGAGGCGCCGCUCAAAAAGAUUAUUGGUGGCAAAAUAUGGGAGAUGCGUCGCCUUUCAAACAGGCAGCAGCUGCUCAACAAGUCGCUUCAAGUCCGUGCAAUACGAACGUAGGAUGUUCCGCGAGCACAAGUUCCGUGAAUAUUGUUGCUCCAGCUCAGCAGCAAGUACAACAUGAUUACUCGCACAAUCCAUUCUUGAAUGGCGGGCAUCAAAUACAUCAACAAGCCGGUAAUGGUAAUAAGGGGGCGGCAAAUACUCAUUCAGUUAAUUCCUUUGUUGUUAGUGGUAGUCAUUAUAACGAUAACGGUGCAUCUAAAUCGCAAUACAACAAAAACUCGCAAUUCAUUUCCGCCUCACAAUCUUCCUACAAGACGCCAUGCAACGAACAAGGCAAGAUUUGCGCCCCAAAAUCCUUCUGCAAAAACGGUCUUGUACGCAGCGAUCAACUCAGCUUACUCGAUGAUUCACGUUCGGAAUGCGAAAGCGGAGAAACAUGUUGCAAAAUUCAUUUCGGUUCACAAGCUGGAAGUCCUUUCCAAAGCAAUUCACAAGUUCGUUGCCGUUCUGGAAACCAAAAAUGCGUUCCGUCGUACAUGUGUGUCAAUGGAGAACUUAGCGGUGAAGGUCUCCGAUAUGCCGCUCGUUUAUUGCCGGCUCAAACCUGUUCGAAUGGCGAUGUUUGUUGUUCAGCUGCUCGUGCUUUAUCCGACAGUCAACCUGCUGCUCAAACCCUGACAUCCAAUGGAUACGUUCUCAAAGUCCCAGAUCGUCGUUAUUUGCCUUCCGUUGAUCCCGAACGCCCUGAUGAAGAGCCCGCCCAAUCUGGAAAUGACGUUCAAAAUGUUCCAACAGCAACUCCUCCGCCAGUUCCAUCGACAACGUACUUACCCGCAACAACAAAACGUCCCGUUGCUCCUCAACGCCCAUCAUAUCGCCCUCCCGUGACUCAACCUCCCCGUCAAUUCGACGAAGUCCCGCAAUCGCAAAACAACAAUCCGACACUUUUGAUUCCCGUUGGAUGUCCCGCUGCCAUGAAUUGCACAGAUCGUCAAUACUGUGAUGCCGGCGGUAUGAUUUCGAAAACGCCCGUUGAUUUGUCGCCCGAACAAGCAUUGUUCCGUGUUCCCUUGAUUGAGUGCCGUGAUCGUAAAACUGGACAAGAUGGCGUUUGUUGUCGCGAUCCUGACUACACUGAUCCCUGGCCAACGGAAAUUUUGGGACAAUAUCGCCCCGAUUUGCUUGGAUUCGAUGAUGGAUCGUACAAACCUGAAGCCUCAAAUCGUCGCUCGGUUCAAGUUAAGGCAUCUGCAAGUCACGUCGCUCCUCAACGCGUUCGUCCCGGAACUCCCUUAAGAGCAGCAGCUUCCAAUCAAGUUUCUCGUCAAGUCCCGUCGCCAAAUUCGCUCUUUAGUGCUCAACAAGUUAAACCUUCCGUAUGCGGAAAACGUGAUAGAAACACUGAACCCCGUGGUCAAACCGAAACUGAAGCAAACUUUGCCGAAUUCCCAUGGCAAGUAAUGGUUGCUCGUGAAUCAACGAAAACUCUUCUCUGUGGCGGCGUAAUUGUUGGACCUCAUCACGUUCUUGCUACUGCUAAAUGCGUUGAAGGCGUUCGCCCAAGCGAUAUUGUUACAAAAGUCGGUGAAUGGCAAUUGGGAGAGAAUUCUGAACCACGCAAAUUCCAAAUUUUACACGUCAGAUCCGUUCAACCUCAUCCUCAAUACAAUCCCAAUACGUUGGAAUAUGAUAUGGCGAUCAUCCAUUUGAGCGAACAAAUCAACUUUGAUCAACAUGUUGCCCCAAUCUGCAUGGAUGAGCAAGAAUCCAGCAAGAAUCUCGAUAAUUGUGUUACUACUGGAUGGGGAAAAGAUGCUUUGAGAGUUCACGCUCGCGGUGCCAUUAUGCAUUACACCGAUGUCUACAUGAUGCCACAAGAAACUUGCUCUGACUACCUUCAAACGUACGAUUUCAACGCCCAAUCUUCCGUUUGCGGUCAUACACGUGUCGACGCAUGCCAAGUUGAUGCUGGAAGUGCUUUGGCUUGUCAACGCCCAUCCGGAGAUUAUGUCUUGAAGGGUAUCUACAGCAGCGAAACGGAAUGCAAUACCGACAGUCAACUCGUUACCUUCACAAAAGUCGAUCCUCAAUGGGUUAAGGCAGCAAUGAAUGGUCGAUCAUCAGUUCCUCAUCAACAAGCGCAAGCCAGCGAGCGUCGUGAUGUUCGUGUGCAACCUGCUAACGGUUAUUUGCCUCCCAGAAACUAAAUAUUUCGUUGAGAAUUUCGUGAAAAAUUUUUAAUGAAAUCCGCCCGAAGAAAAAAAGAGAUAAAAUUUGAACGAAAUUGAUAUUAGGGAAAGAAAAUUAUUAAUUAUCACAAAAAAAAACAUUGAGAUUGAAAAAAAUCGUUAAAUAUUAUUUAUACCUAUUUUUUAAAUAUAUUUGUAGAAAUAUGCACCGGCCUAAAAUUACAUCAUGCACAAAACAUUUUUUUUUAGGAAACCAUAAUUUAUCGACAAAAACAUCAAA